AUGCAUACAGCGUCAAACAUUCGUACUAUGAUUUUUAGGAUGUCAGUUUCGAAGCACUUGCUUCUACCGAUUUUUGUGGCAGUGUUCUUUUCUGGUUUCUUUACCAGCUUUAUUACGCUCCAUAACAGCCAACCAAAGCUAUCAGUUCAAAUCCUAGAGAAGAUUUCACGGCUUUUGCAGAUCCCGUGCCAAAAAUUUGGGUUCUCGCAUUGCUCCUUAAGAGGAGCUGGAAUAAAAUAUGCAAACAGAAAAGGCAGCCCCACGUUCUCGCCAAGGACAAAUGGAAGAAAUCAACACUACUAUGACUUAUACUCCCCAAGUACCUAUGGUUUGUCGAAUCAGGUACACGGACCAAAGACAUUUGCUCCGUCAUUCGGUGGAAUAAGGAAAACCGCCGGUGUUGUUCGAACCAAGGAGGGCAUCUUCACCCGCUUUUUUAACAUGCUGUCGCAUUCAAAAACAGAUGAAAUGAACGAUAGGGAAGAAAUUGAGAUGUGGGAAAUGUUUGAAGAUGAACCUAUUGAUGCGAUAACUCAGGACCCGUUCUGGAAAGAUUUCGCUUAUUCCGAAUCUCUCGCGAGGAAUAGGCUCUUCAAUGCAUUUUCUCAGGCUUCCACACUUUUAAAAAAAAUAGUGGAGAAGACCUGGAGAACUGUACUUGGAUCUAGGGUGGGGCCUCGUAACACCCUUGAACGAUCCUCUACGACGCUGAAUCGCAGGCCAACCUUGAACGAGAAAGAGGUGAGAGGUUUUGUUGAGUUGCUGUGGAACGACGUAAAACGGCGCGGGCAUUUAAGCCUUGGCUUGAAUCCUACUUUGGAGAAAACACCUACUGAAAGGUUUUACAACGCCUUGAAUGAAGCCGGAGAGCAAGUCCGACGAAGAAUUGAGACUUUGAAGGGUCUAAAGAGGGAACCUGCUUGGAAUUCUUGGGGCAAAGAGACUCGCGAAGUUGUAAACAGGGGAAUGAAUGCAAUGAGGAAGGUGCAAGCAGACCUCAUGAGACAACGAGACGUCUUAGUCAAGGAUAGGAUUUCUGCUUUGGGACUGCACACACAAGAGUCUGAUCUGAAACCAAAACCUCUUGCAGAAGUAACGAGGCGCAGCAGUGACCCGCUUUUCAAAGUCUGGAUCACGGAAGUCUUUAAGGCUUCGGGAAACUCGUUUUCUCGAAAACACCAGGUCUUCAUCCCACAGCAUUGCGAAGGAAUCCGUUCUAUACUUUGCCAACUCUUCCCGUUCUUGUCGGAAUUCGUCGGUGUUCUGUUUAGCAGCAAGUUGUUUAUCGUCUUUGCUAUCGCUUUUGUACUCUGUUGGCUGGACAUGAAAUUCGACCUUGUUGAUCAACUCUGUGUGAUUUCACAGAGCAAAUUCUGCGACUACCGACGAAAGAGAGCAUCUGGCACGAUAAGGAGUGUACAGUUCGAGGAAAACAUGCUCGUACAACAUAUACCCGAACAAAAAGUAACCUAUAGUGAAGAAACACCAAAAGACGAAAACCAGUCCGUGCAAGCAGACAGUAAUUAUCCCCAAGCCUCAAUAUAUUCAAGGAGAGUGACACGGUAUGGAGGAGAAUCACCAAAUAUUCAAACCAAGGCCAUGCCUGGAAGUGAUUCUCGAAGCAGUGAACAAACACUUACUCUAUCUAGAAGGAGAAGGCCGCAACUAGCCUUUUCAGAUUCAGCUGGGGCUGCUCCCAAAUCGGUGACCCUUCGAUUUCAAGCAAACACGUCCACGAAUGGGCGAAGGGAUAAAGAUGUUGAAACAAACCUCAAACCCCAAACCUCACAAAGGGUCAGAAAGCACGCUUCAUCUACAGUACCGAGAAGGCAAACUCCUCGGAAGGCUUCAGUCGCAAGAAGGACCGUCACGGACUCGUGUUUUACCGACGCAGAAAUAGAAGACAGUCCCAUUGCAACAAGGCGUGCAAUGAGAGCUAGUAUGGAAACGCUGCAAAGAGCGCAGGCUCUACGCCGAAAGCCUCGGCUAACAACACCAGUUCGGAAGUCGGAGAUAUCUCGUGAGGGUAGAGACUGA